AUGGCCGAGGGAAACAAAAACAAACACGAGUGGAAAUCUCUGGGCACAGGCCCACUAGAACCGGACCUCAACAAACGCGAGUGGGCGGCUGUUCGUCGUCGAUACGAGUGGAGCGAGUCUUACGAGGAGGGUAUUGCUCCGAAAGAUGAGGAACUCGAACUCGAAUUGUUUGGUGAAGAGAAUCACGUGCUCACGGGUCACAACUUUUCAAAGUACGAGGAGAUUAAGGUCACUGUGAAAGGAAGUGAUAUUCGACCGGUGGAAUCUUUUGAAGAGGCUAAUCUUCAUCCCCAAAUGAAGGAAAAUGUGGCACUGGCUAGAUAUGAAAAGCCUACACCUGUUCAGAAAUGGUCAAUCCCUAUGAUCACUGAAGGUCAUGAUUUAAUGGCAUGCGCCCAAACAGGAUCCGGCAAAACUGCCGCUUUCUUGGUCCCAAUAUUAUCGAGAUUAUUCGGCAAAGCAAAGAAACUAGCUGCCCCACGUCCACCGCCCGGUAAGACUCGUGGCUACAAAGCGCAGCCACUAGUCUUAAUAUUGGCCCCAACUCGGGAACUAGCGACGCAGAUUUUCGACGAGUGCCGUCGAUUCACCGUUGUUUAUGGUGGUGCAGAUGCUGGCCCUCAGAGACUGGAGUUGUUUAAAGGUUGCGAUAUCUUGACGGCUACUCCUGGGCGUUUAUGUGAUUUCGUGGAAAGAGGAAUUAUUAGUUUGAGUAGAGUAAGAUAUUUGGUAAUUGACGAAGCGGAUCGCAUGUUGGAUAUGGGUUUCGAAGAUGACGUGCGAAAAAUCGUCUCUAAAUCAGAUAUGGACGAUGUCGCCCGUCAAACUUUAAUGUUCUCUGCCACUUUUCCGAAUCGAAUCCGGACACUCGCAAAAGAUUUCUUACAAGACAAACACUUGUUCUUGACUGUCGGUCGUAUCGGAGGAACGACAAGUGAUAUAACUCAAAAGAUUAUAUUUUGCGAAGAAACCGAUAAGCGAAACACACUCGUUCAACUGUUGUUGACACAGCCACCGUCUCGUACGUUAAUAUUUGUCGAAACUAAGCGAGGAGCAGACUCGCUCGACGCUUUUCUCUACAACCAACAUUUCCCUACGACUUCUAUUCAUGGAGAUCGUACCCAACGUGAAAGAGAAGAUGCGUUGAUUGCUUUCAAAAAUGGACGAUCACCUAUUCUUAUAGCAACAGCAGUCGCAGCUCGGGGUUUAGACAUCAAAAAUGUCAUGCACGUUAUUAACUAUGAUUUAUGUAGCGAUAUUGACGAAUACGUGCACCGUAUUGGACGAACGGCUCGCGUUGGUAACCAAGGUCUGGCAACAACCUUCUACAACAAUUCCAAUGAGGCUAUUGCAAGGGACUUGGUUAGGCUUCUUUUGGAAUGUGAGCAAGAGAUUCCAGAUUUCUUUAAACAGUAUGCUGAUAUCACGUCAUACUCAAAUCAUGGACAGCAACCAACAACAGCCUCUUGGGACAAUAGCAACACUAAUAACAAUAAUACACAAUCCCAAAAUUCAUGGAGCACGCCUGCUACUAAUAAUAACAAUAGUAGUCAACUCCAGACACCGCAACAACCAGCAAAUCAAACUCAGGAUUCUUGGAGUGGUGGUCCUCCCUCCUCGGCACCUUCUAAUAAUUUUUCUAUGCCUGGACAAAAUUGGUCAUCAUCUCCACAGCAGCCAAACAACACUAAUAAUAAUACUAAUACAUAUCAACAAAAUUAUCAGACACAAGUGCCGACCUCAUAUCAACCACCACCACCGCCAGUACCUCAGCAACAUCCUCCAUCUAAUUCACAGUCGCAGUAUUCAUCGCAGUCGCAGCCACCGCAAACACAACAUCCUCAAUUUCAACAAUAUAAUCAAACUGCACCACAACAGCCCCAAUAUCAGAACACGCCGCCUCAAUAUCAAAACGCACCCCCUCAAUAUCCGCAACAGUCAUCUUCACAGAGUAUGCCAUCGCAGCCUCAAUAUGGAGGUGGACCAAUGCCAGGCGGAGGCUAUAAUAACAAUAACGGCCAACCACAAGAAAAUCACAAUAACAACUAUAACGCAAAUGGAAAUAACUCGUCGUAUAGCAACGGAGAAUCUAAGGUUCGUAUGGGAUCCCCUAGUAAAAAGGGUAAUAAUAAUAGUAGUAGUAGUCCAAACCGAACAACACGUUCAAAGUCUCCUAAACACCACCGUAAUCGAUCACAAAAUAGGUUGGAGGCGUCGUGA